AUGUCGUUCAACCGAAGGAGAGCUUGCUUUGUCUGUGGUAGGCUGGGACAUCUGGCAGAUGCCUGCUCUGCUCCCAGCCGUCUCUGCUUCCAGUGUGGAGAGCCAGGUCACGAGUCUUCUGCGUGCGAGUCUCCACGAACGGAUGACCACAAGCAAUGCUACGGAUGCGGUGGCGUCGGACACAUCAAGAGUGCUUGCCCUAGCGGCCCCAAGCCUCGGGCUCCCGGUGUUGGUGCCGGUGGACCUCACUUGGCCAAGCAAUGCCCUCAGACCAACGGUGGUGUGAUCCGACCAUUCCCAGGCCGAGGAGCUCCAGGAGCUGGUGGACCCGGUGUUCGCUGCCACAACUGUGGAGGACCCAACCACUUUGCCCGGGACUGCAAGUCGGCCCCCAUGGCCGGCCGAGGCCCUGUUGCAACCCGCCCUCCCAAGAAGUGCUACAACUGCCAGGGCGAGGGACACCUUGCUCGCUUCUGCCCCACUGGUCAGGGAGCUGCUACAGCAAGUGCCACUGAGGGCAGCGCCCCCGCUGUUGCCGAGACUGCUGCUUAA